AUAUCAAUUUGAAGUUUGCAGUUUGAGCAACAUAUAAAAACAGCUGAUUAUUACGAUUUACGAUGAAUGUGGCAUAAUGAACGUCACGUAAUUUUUUUUUAGAAAUUUGUGUUCCUACCACUAAAUUAUACGUGUAUACGAAGGUCAUUCAUUGAAUUUCCUUAUCCUUUUAUUGUUAUCUAGUUUGUUGAAUAACACAGAGAGGACAAACAUCAUUUGUCAUUGUGGCACUGUGAAGUGUGAGGUCAACAUGUCUCACUACAGUGAUGCAGAAGACUCCAUCAAUGAUCCUCAUGAACUGGAAACAAGCUUGAGAAAACGAAAAAUAUGGGACCCUGAAACUGAGUCUAUCACCUCAGAAAUCAAGGAUCUACUUGAUGAAGAUGUUAACUCAUUGGUUGAGGAGGACUUUGUAGGAUGUCCCCUACCAUCUACCCCUGAGGAUGAAAAUAUUUUGGAUUCAGAAAUGAGUGAGGUUUUGAAAGCUGCCGUUCUAGGUACAGGCGACGAGCUGGAUAUCUCUGCGCUGGCGCACAAUGCAGCCUCGCAAGCGGAACACGUGGUCCGCAAGAUGAUCCAGGCUGGAUGGUCGGUGUGCCACUUCAGGAACCUGCCCGGAUGGCUGCAAGACAACGACUUCCUCAUUUUCGGCCAUCGGCCGCCAUUGCCCAGCUUCCGCGCCUGCUUCAAGAGCAUCUUCAGGCUGCACACGGAAACGGCCAACAUAUGGACGCACCUAUUGGGCUGCGUCGCCUUCAUCGGUAUCGCCAUUUACUUCUUGAUGCGGCCCGUCAUCGAGAUCGAGCUGCAGGAGAAGAUCGUGUUCGGCGCCUUUUUCGCCGGUGCCAUCAUCUGUCUCGGAUGCUCUUUCAUGUUCCACACCGUCAACUGCCAUUCUCAGUUCAUAGGCAAGCUGUUUUCCAAGUUGGACUAUUGCGGCAUCGCCUUACUCAUCAUGGGAUCCUUCGUGCCGUGGUUGUAUUACGGCUUUUACUGCCAUUUUAGGCCGAAAGUUGUUUACCUGUCGGUCGUAUGCGCCUUGGGCAUCACCAGCAUCAUGGUCAGCCUGUGGGACAAGUUCUCCGAAUCGGGUUGGCGGCCGUUUCGCGCCGCCGUCUUCAUGACCUUCGGCCUCAGCGGCAUCGUGCCCGCCAUCCACUACGGCAUCGUAGAAGGCUGGUUCAACUACGUCAGCCAAAAGUACCUCGGCUGGCUGGUACUGAUGGGCGUACUGUACAUCAUCGGCGCGCUGUUCUACGCGCUGCGCGUGCCCGAGCGGUGGUUCCCCGGCAAGUGCGAUAUUUGGUUCCAUUCGCACCAGAUUUUCCAUGUUUUCGUGCUAGGGGGCGCGCUGGUGCACUAUCACGGGAUAUCGGAGAUGGCGAUGCAUCGGGUGACGAUCGGCAGGUGCGAGAUGUCUGAUUCGCCGAUUUAUUGAUGAUUUUUUUGUUAGGUUAUAGCGGGGGGGAGGGGGGUUGUUUAGUUCAGUUGGUGUCUAUUUAGUCAACUCUGUCUUCUUCUCGGUCUUAGUCUCCCUUCUAAUUUUAGUCUGUAAGCCAAAUUGAUUAUACACAUUCGCAUAAGAGCAUUCCUUCGAUAUCGGCCAAACCGUCGGAUAUACCGGGUGACACAGGAGCCAAUAGCCUGUAGUUUUUCUAUUUGAAGAGAUAAAAAAUUAAAAUUCACAAGGGUUAUAUCAUCGGUGAUGACGCUUCCCUUGAACCUAAUGACAAUUUUCUUCAACCACCUGUUUGAUCGGAAGUAGACCCAACUUUUUUUUUUUCGAAUGGCACCCUGUAUAUUUCUGUAGCGUAUCUCAUUUGCCUUGAAAUUCUCUAUUCAAGUAUGCAUCACAAUUCGAUAUUCGUUCAUUAAUUGGCUGUUAAAUUGCAUUUUAUUGAAAUACAUGAAGUUGGCUGUGACCCGAAUGCAAUAACAUUUCAAUGCUUGAUGGGCUUAAAAUUCUAAAGAUCAUUACUAAGACGAUAUUAUCAGAAUAUUUUCCAUACCUCAAUCGCUCCC